AAGGGGAGAUGCGGGUCGAAAAACGCGAGUUUUCUAAAAAAUUAUCGAUUUUUUGUUUUCACCUGUUUUGUUAAGAUUAGUACCUCUACUGUUCUGAAAAAAAAAAUCUAUGUCGAGACUCAACUGGAAAUGCUUUAAAAUUGCGUCUAAAGAGCACAAGGUGGCUGUCAAAAGGCCGAAAGUGUGUCAUCUUCGUGCACCUUGCCGCUGAUAAUGCGCCGCCGCUCGCCAUUGUCGACCGCAUGAGGCGAAGAGCCGAGCCUCACUCUUCAAAUAACGACUGUUUCCCGCGCUGCUGCAGCGCAAGAAAUAAUAAAGAGAAGCACGCUUUUGCCGCCUUUUCCGAGCGCCGCGACUGGCUUUAAAUCACGUGGUACGGAUCGGGAGCCGCCAUUGGCCGCUGCGCGCCUGUGUGUGCUGUGAAGCCUACUUGCAGGAUCCGUGUCUCGUCGAGCAGCGCAGCUGAACAACGCUUUUCUCGAGUGCUUAUCCGUUAUGGAUGAAGAAAGCCGUAGGAAGCGCGGUCACCGGCCUGUCAAGUUUCAGGCGGCGCACAAAUUUCGAGGACGCCGGCGCAAAUCAAAGCCGAACACUCAAACGACGAAAAGAUCGUCUGCUGCCGCAAGGCGUAGUGGCAGUGACGCCGAUGCGUCCGACGAGCUUGCCGCGGCAUUCGAAUAUGUGAGUGCCUCCCAGAAAAAGAUCGGACUCUUCGAAGACGAAGAAAAAUCGCAGGACGACGAGUCUUCGUUGAUUGCUGAUGUGACAGCACUGAACAUGCUUGUGCGCGGUGCAAUGUGUCCGACGUGUCGCCAUUUGGGAUUACGUGUCCGGGAACCGGCCGACAAGCGGAAAGGACUUGCGUCGUUCGUGGAACUGCACUGCCCAAACAGUGAGUGCCCCGAAACUGUUCUUUCGGCGACAUAUACUUCGCGGCGAGUAGCUUCAGGCGGGGAGGCCAGCGUGAGCGCGGCGGAUGACGGACUGACCGUGAGGAGAACAUACGACAGCGGGAGCUCGCGCGAUAGCUACGCUGUCAACGUGAAAGCUGUUGUGGCGGCGCGCUCUGUAGGCAUGGGCUACGAGCAGCUGGUCCGAUUUGCGGCAAUUCUUGGCUUGCCAAAGCCAAUGCACCAAAAAUCAUUCACUGCAAUCAGCCGGAAAGUCCGUGAUGCGGCAAUGGAUGCCAUCGGCGCCAAUCUUGCGAGGUCGAGAGAGCUGACAGUGAAGGAAGCUGGCGGGGACGACAUUGCCGUUAUGUACGACGGAACGUGGCACAAACGCGGCCACAAGAGUCACAAUGGCAUCGGCACUGUUGUGUCACUCGACACUGGACUUUGUUUGGAUUUUGAAGUCCUGUCAAACUUCUGCCUAGCUUGCAGUAGGCACAAGGCUCUGCCAGAUGAAGAGGAAGAAGUUUGGCAAGCAUUUCAUAGCCCUGUCUGCGAGCGAAAUGUUGAAUGUUCAGCCCAUGCGAUGGAAGCAGAAGCUGCAGUGCGCAUUUGGCAAAGGAGCCAAACUUAUGACACACCACUGCGAUUCAGCAAAUUCCUCAGCGACGGCGACUCAAAAGCGUACGCGGCAGUUGUUGAAGCGAAGGUAUAUGGUGAUGCUGCGAUCAUUGAAAAAGAGGACUGCACAAAUCACGUAGCCAAGCGCCUCGGAACCGCUCUUCGCAAACUCAAGGAGCCACUGCCAAGAGGGGAGAAGCUGAAAGAUACGGUGAUACAGAAGCUGCAAACCUACUAUCAAGUGGCCAUCACAAGCAGUAGGGGCAGCAUUAAAGCCAUGCACCGGGCGAUAUGGGCCUCAUAUUUUCAUAGUCGCUCAACAGAUGAUGCGAACACCCACGAAUUCUGUCCAGAUGGACCAGAAUCCUGGUGCAAGCACAAGCGUGCUAAAGCCUUGGGCGAACCUGCACCGGCUCACACACCCCUGCUCACCAAGGCCCAGGGAAAGGCAAUUUUCCCCAUUUACAAGAGACUAACCGACGAGAAGCUACUGACCCGCUGUAUUCAGGGCAAAACUCAGAAUGCAGCGGAGUCGCUCAACAGUAAAAUUUGGCUCCUCUGCCCAAAGACAAGAUUUGCCUCAAGACAUGUUGUGGAGAUGGCCACUGCUAUGGCCGUUCUCUGGUUUAACCGAGGACACUCCAGUUUUGAACGUGUUCUCGAAGAGCUUGGUGUGCUCCCGCCUCAUGAUCUGGUUGCUCUUGGCACAUCACGGGACAGCACACGCCAGAAAAAAAUGUCUCAAAAACUAACAGGAGAAGCAAGGGCUCGUCGGCGUGCGCUGAAGAAAAAAUCUCUUGUCGAGGAGUCAACUCGAAAGAGGCGUGAGGGCCAAACCUAUGGUGCUGGCGCAUUUUAAUGGCAGUGGCCACUACAAGGAGGAUUGUUCUUUCUUGUGUACAAAUUUCGUCGCAUUCAAUGACAUCUUUGAUAAAUAAACAUGCAAUUUUGACUUUAAAACUCGUUUUUCUCAAAACACAAAUUUUGCCAUUUUUGUCAAUGUGCCCCUCCUUUUUCGGGUACUUCUGGUGCUCAGAUCUGCAUGAAAUUUUCUCCAGAUUUUUUCCAAUGUACGAGAAAUACAAUUAUCUUGUUUAAGUUUCAAUAUUCUCAAUAUAUAAUAAAAAAAAGUUAUGUAAACUUUUAUUAGGGUAGGAGAAAUAUGAACUUCCCACGUUAAAAUUUUUCACGUCUAGUACAUAUUUUCUAUGGACUUCCUAAUUAGUUAUUUGCAUUCCACACUUCAUUUGAAACAUUAUGAACUAUCAAUUGUAAAAAAUUAUUGAAGUUUAGGUCUGAAAAGAGGGGGGGCAAAAGGCUUAAGUUUUUCACUUUGUCAUGUUGCAGAACUAAAAGUAUGCAACUUGCAAGAAAACUAAUUAUAUAUUUGAAAUCAGCAUAAAAAGUUCUAUAAGCAGCUCAAGUUUCAUUGCUCUAGAAUGAAUAUUAAAAAAAAAGUGUCUUCGACCCGCAUCUCCCCU